AGAAGACACCAGCUAGCACGGAUGGACCACAUAACAGCCUAACAGAUGAUCAAAAGGAUUAUGAUCAGCGGUGUGGGAUGCGGAGUUGAAAACUUUGCCAGAUACCUUAAGUAUCGACGAAACGCACAAACCCACAAUACCAUUCACUUGACCCGUGCGCAACGGCAACACAACACUGCUGCAGAGCAGCUAGUUUUUUCUUCGUUUCUUCGUUGCAUAACGUCCAUGAAUGCGUUUAUUGGAACGAAUCGACGUGUUGAAUACAUAAAUAAUCAACGUGAUAAAAAAAUGGAAUCGUAGUCAUUCUUGUUUUCAUGGCAGCUUCAGCUGCAGUGUCAGCUGUCAGCUCUUUUACCAAAGGCAGCGCGAUGCGCAUUCUGUUGGAUUUUAGUCGCGUGCAAUGAAUGUGAGACGGGCGAGCGACUGACCCCAAUGGUUGUGUGUUAUGCUGAGUGAGUGAUUCACGCCAAAAAGACUAUAGACUGAAGCAAGCAUGACUGCUGAGGCUAAUGAAAAAGCUGCAAUAGCGCUUCUAACGCGUGCUGUGACCUUAGACCAUGCAUGCCGUUUCACGGAAUCGUUUAAUUGCUACACGGAAGGCACCCAACUGCUAAUGGAAGCCAUAAAAGGAAUGACCGACCGAGCGAAAAUUGAUGGUUUCCGCGCCAAGGCCAACACUUACCUGACUCGUGCAGAACAAAUCAAAGUGCACAUAGCGACAGAGAAGCAAAAGGGCAGAUACACGGAGCACCUGGACAUCCAGCAGGAUGCCACCGGCUUUAGCUACAAUUCGGUGCUGGGCCGUUUCCUUGGCGCCGACGUUGCGUGGGCGCACGUCGAGGACCCGUACAUAAAAAAACACCACCAGUGCAUGAACUUCCUACGUCUGUGCGAGUUGUUGGUGCUCAAGUGCACGCAGCUGAAAGAAAUCCGGCUGGUCACGACCGCGGGCGACGAAGAGCGAACGCGAAAGUUAACUGACCUGACGAACAACCUCAAAUCCCGCGGCGUGACCCUGAGUGUGACAUUUUCAACCACUCUGCACGAUAGGCAGAUAAGACUGAGCAACGGUUGGGUCGUGAAAAUCGGCCGGGGGUUGGACUAUUUUAAAGGGCCUGAGGGGCAAAUGAGCCUAGGCUACUUUGACCUUGAUCUCAGGCCCUGUCUGCAAACAACCGUCGACAUUUUCUACGAUAAAAAGUAGCCAACGCAAUUUUUACGAAAACGUGCCGAAAAUAAAAGUUGUUUUUUGACUUGAAA